AUGUCUGGGGUCCUUUGUGACAGAAAAGUACCACCAAGAGUGAAAGGGAAGAUACACCGAACGGUGGUGCAACCAGCAAUGCUGUAUGGUAUGGAAACAGUUCCACUGAGCAUCAGUGAUACAAAGGGACUAGAAGUGGCAGAAAUGAAAAUGUGCAGAUGGGCCCUUAGGCAUACUUUGAAAGAUCAUAGGAGAGAUGAGGUCUAUGUUGGCAGGAGGGUGAUGGACAUGAGGCUGCCAGGAAGGAGAAAGCGUGGUAGUCCAAAGCUGAGAUGGACGAACUGUGUGAGGAGAGACCUGGAUUCGAUUGGAGCAAAGGAGGAGGAUGCCCUGGACCGAAGCUUCGACCUGGAGAACGAGGACCGCCGCAGCGACCCCACAAAAUAG